CCGCUCGUCCUCACAGGGGUCGCCAGCCAAUCGCUGGGCACAUACACACAACCAAAUGCACAUCUGAGGGCGAAGACAGGAAACCGGAGUGCCCGGAGAAAAGCCACACAAAACAUCUAUCCAUCCAUCCAUUUUCUUCGCCGCUUAUCCUCACGAGGGUCACGGGGAGUGCUGGAGCCUUUCCCAGCUGUCAACGGGCAGGAAGCGUGGUACACCCUAAACUGGUCGCCAGCCAAUCGCAGGGCACAUGGAGACAAACAGACACACUCACAAUCACACCGACGGGGCAAUUUCGUGUCCAAUUAAUGUCGUUUUUUUUGGGUGGGGGGUGUAGAAGGAAAGCGGAGUGGCCGCAGGAAACCCACGCAGGCACGGGAAGGACGUGCAAACCCCACACAGGCGGGGCCGGGAUUUGAACCCCGUUCCUCAGAACUGUGAGGCACAUUUGGAUUUAUCCCGGUGUCGUCCUAUUUUCCCAAAAGGAGCGUGACAAGUUGCCCAACGGCGUGAUUGGGAAAAUGGACGGACGGGUGUGUAGAAACGAGAGGAGGAGUGUAAAAUAGCAGCCUCUCCAUCCAUCCAUCCAUCCAUCCAUCCAUCCAUGGAUCCUUGCUCCGUUCUUGAUUGCAACAAGUUUGUUCUCCACAAGGGGACACUGUCGGUAGCGUCUCGCACGAAGAAGCGCCGAAGCAGAAGGGGACGAUGGCGCCUCGCUCGUAAAAGACAACAACAACAAACGAACGAACGAACGAACUCUCGUCAUGCCUAAAGAAUGAUCUGAACGUGUGUGCGGCAUCUUCCACACGCGAAAGCUCGCCGCGCGCAGCUUCUCCACCCGUCCACCAUUUGUCGGCAGUUUUUUGCGCGGCAUCAUGAGCGAGUUUCGGAUCCAUCACGACGUCAACGAGCUGCUGAGCGUGUUGGACGUGCGAGGGGGCGACGGCGCGGAAGGUUACAUCGACGUUCUGCAGAAGCACCGCACGCCCUACGUCACCACCACCGUCUCCGCUCACAGCUCCAAGGUGAGGCUCGCCGAGUUCUCCAAAACGCCGGAAGACUUCCUGAGGAAGUACGAGGAGCUGAAAUCGAAAAACGUGCGCCACCUGGACCCGCUCGUCUACCUGCUGUCCCGCCUCUGCGAGGACCCGCAAACUCUGCAGCGUCUGCAGCAGAACGCCAAAGAGCGUUCGGAGACCGGCGCCGCCGCGACGACCUCCGCGGCGGCGCCCGACCCCGUCGGCCUGCCGGCGAGCGGCUCCAAGAUGUCCAUGCGGGAGCUGGACGAGCUGCGCAAGAAGAUCGGGAACGCGGCGGCGGCCAACGCGCCCCUGUCGGCCGAGGUGACGCGGAAGAUGCUGCGGGACAAGCACAGCAAGAAGAACCCGGCUCAGCUCAAUCCCGUCUUUCCGGGCUGGGUGUACGAGCGGCCCGCCCUCCUGGGGGACUUCGUCGCGGGCCCCGCCCCGACCGCCGAUCCCGCCUCGGCCGUGGGCACGCUGGCGCUGGCGGCGCAGGAGCAGCUGCUUCUGGAGGAUCUGCUCUUCGUCCUGGUGGGCGUGGACGGGCGCGACGUGGCGGCUCAGCCGGUCCUGGGCCGCCAGAACCGCUCCUUCAUCGUGGACCCCACGCUGGACGCGUCCGUCAAGGAGCUGGUGCAGCGCAUCCUUCCUGUGGCGUCGUACUACUCCACCGUCACGCGCUUCGUGGAGGAGAAGUCGUCGUUCGAGUACGGGCAGGUCAACCACGCCCUGACGGCGGCCAUGCGGACUCUCCUCAAGGAGUACCUGAUCCUGGUCACUCAGCUGGAGCACGUGCACCGGCGGGGUCUGCUGUCCCUGCAGAAGCUCUGGUUCUACCUGCAGCCCGCCAUGAGGACCAUGGAGAUCCUGGCUGCCAUCGCGUCGUCGGUGGACAAAGGAGAGUGCAUGGGCGGAGCCACGCUCAGCCUGCUCCACGACCGCACCUUCAACUUCACGGGCGACGCCCAGGCGCAGGAAGUGUGCCUGUACCUCACCAAGGCCGCCAGCGUGCCCUACUUCGAGACCCUGGAGAAGUGGAUCUACAGGGGCAUCAUCCGAGACCCGUACAGCGAGUUCAUGGUGGAGGAGCACGAGCUGCAGAAGGAGAACAUCCAGGAAGACUACAACGACAAGUACUGGGACCAGAGGUACACCGUGGUCCAGCACCGCAUCCCGUCCUUCCUGCAGAAGAUGGCCGACAAGAUCCUCAGCACAGGCAAGUACCUGAACGUGGUGCGCGAGUGCGGCCGCGACGUGACCUGCCCCGACGCCAAGGAGGUCCUGUACACGCUGAAGGAGCGAGCCUACGUGGAGCAGAUCGAGAAGGCCUUCAACUACGCCAGCAAGGUCCUGCUGCACUUUCUGCUGGAGGAGAAGGAGCUGGUGGCCCGCCUCCGGUCCAUGAAGCACUACUUCCUGAUGGACAAAGGCGACUUCUUCGUGCACUUCAUGGACCUGACCGACGAGGAGCUGCGGAGGCCGGUGGACGACAUUGUCCCCCCGCGGCUGGAGGCGCUCCUGGAGCUGGCGCUGCGCAUGAGCACGGCCAACACCGACCCCUUCAAGGACGACCUCAAGAUCGACCUGAUGCCGCACGACGUCAUCACGCAGCUGCUCAGGGUGAUGGCCAUCGAGACCAAGCAGGAGAAGAAGAGCGCGGCCAACGGCGCGGCGCCGCCCGACGCCGCGCUCAGCGGCCUGGAGGCCUUCUCCUUCGACUACGUGGUCAAGUGGCCGCUCUCGCUCAUCAUCAACAGGAAGGCGCUGACCAUGUACCAGAUGUUGUUCCGUCACAUGUUCUACUGCAAACACGUCGAGCGUCUGUUGUGCAACGUGUGGAUCACAAACAAGCACGCCAAACAUCAGUGGUCGCACUCGGCCAAAUGGUUCGCGGCGGCGUUCGCGCUGCGUCAGCGCAUGCUGAACUUCAUCCAGAACAUCCAGUACUACAUGAUGUUUGAGGUCAUCGAGCCCACCUGGCACCUGAUGGAGAACAACCUGAAAACGGCGUCCAACAUCGACGACGUCCUGUACCACCACACCAGCUUCCUGGAAAACUGUCUGAAGGACUGCAUGCUGACCAAUCCCGAGCUGCUGCGCAUCUUCUCCAAGCUCAUGUCCGUCUGCGUCAUGUUCGCCGGACGCAUGCAGCGUUUCACUCAGACCUUCAAGCUGGAGCGCCUCUCGCCGGACGCCCCCCCGGCCGGCGACUGCAGCGGCCGCCAAGGGGCAAAGCCAGAGCGGGAGGAAGCGGCCGCGCAGGCGUCGGACUCGGGCUUCGAGGCGUCCAUUCUCAACUCCGAUGGCAACUUCAGUGUUCUGCUCCUGGACCUUCUGGACAAACUCAGCAUCUUCAGCACCAACAACUGCGAGCACAGCAUGAUCAGCAUCAUUUACAGGUUGGACUUCAACGGCUUCUACACGGAGCGCCUGGAGAAGAUGGCGGUGGAGCGAAGUCACAAAGCGGCCGCGUAGCCAGCCGAGGCGAGGCCGUCCAUCGCCGCCGCGUCUUCCUUCCAAUGAAAACUUGCGAGACG